AUGUCCAUGAGAGACGCAGUUCAGUUACUGACCAGAUUAGCGGCAGGGCAGGCUCGCAAGCAUGGAUUAGGGGUUGACUAUGCGGAUAGACAUGAUAUUUUAAGGGAUCAUGACUUCUUGACUUAUAAUCCCCCAGAGUUCUAUGGGUCAAAGCCCGUGGAAGAUUCACAUGAGUUUAUUCAGCAGAUACAGCAUACGCUGAGGAUAAUUACAGCUUUUGAAACUGAGUCUGUUGAGUUAGCUUCAUAUCAGUUGUAUGAUAUAGUUGUUAAUUGGUAUGAGUCUUGGGAGUUGUCUAGGGGUGAGAGUGCUCCUCCAGCAUAUGGGAUAAGUAGGAGAUCCAAUAGUACAGGGUAUUCAAGAGCCGAUCAGAGCUCUAGGGUUUCAGGUUCACAGAUGAACAGGGGGUCGCGCCAGUUGAGGCCACCUUUGCCUCGAUCUUCUCAUUGUGGUAGGCCUUAUUUUGGGAAAUAUCAUUUUUCUAUAGGUGCUUGCUUUAAUUGCGGCCGUCAAGGCCAUAUUAUGAGGGAGUGUACAUUCGGGGGUAGUCCAGGUGGUGCAGCUCAGCCUACUAGUUCAGUUGUUGGUUCAUCUUCUUCUGUGGUUAUAUGCCCUAUGAGGUAA